AAAAAACAGCAUGGCCCCUUUAAGAAAAGCCUUUGAGAUAUUUUGCCGGCAGCCAUAUUGUUUUCCUGAUCCGAGCCAGAAGGCAGCUCCGCUGUGGAACCAGGUGAGCGGGGUGUCCGGGGGCUCCAGGACGGGGGAGAGGGGGUUGCUGAGUGUGAGUAGGGGUGCCAGGUGUUUGGUAUUUUCGCCUCCUGGCAGGGGAAAAAAAAUCAGAAAAUACCGGAUAUUUUAGGUGUCCAGUAUUUUCUGAAUUUUUUUUACUGAACAGGAGGCAAAAAUACCGGACUGUCCGGGUCAAUACCAGACACCUGGCAACCCUAAUUGAGCGGCACCCUGCACUCGGAGCUCAUGCACUUCUCUGCAGUCAGACUAAUCUAGCUAUGCACCCCUGUCUCCUAUCCCCCGCCCCGAACUUCACCAGCCCCACCAUGACCGUGGGCUCAGGGUUGGCCCAAGGAGCGAAAAUGGCAGGGAGAGACUGGGACAGCUGGAAUGGGGAUGGGGGUGAGGGUGGAGGUGGGUUGUUCUUGUCCCUGCGGUGCCUGGCGUUUUACGAAGCGGAAAGGUAACAUCUGCUUUCCAGCGCACAGCAGCAGCGGGAACAGGCUCGGCUGUGACCUUCAGACUGCAGGGUCAUAAAGCUGAAAGCUUUGCCCUGAAAUCCACCUUCAGCGCAAGGGUUGCUGCUGAUUAGCGAGUUGCUGUCGGUUUCGUGCCUUGUCACCAGCACACGCCCGCUGCCUGUGACCUUAACCCGGGAGCCCGGCUGGUCCCAGGCUGGAGGUGGGGUGUUCGGCCAUGUCGCUCCCCUGCACACACGGUGUCACUGCAGUAACUCCGGGGGUUCGUUCCCACCUAGUGUGGUCUCAGUUCAAGCCGGCGUGAGGCUGUGGAUGCCAACACUUUGAGGUGAGAGCGGCCCAGUUCGAUUGCUGGCCUGUCGACACAGCUACAGGCAGGGAGAUUCCCAGCUCGGUUCGCGUGCCCACGCUGGUUCUCAGCCCAUAGUGGGGCUGUGGAAGUGAAGGGGGCAGCAUGGGGUAGACACUAGAGUCCAAUCCAGCCCCGCCUUCAAUGACAUGCAGCGGUGUUUCCCAAAGUGUGGUCUGCGGCCCAGUACCGGUCCCUAGAGAAAAAAUACCGGUCCUUAGAAAAAUUAUCGCGCACGAUCCUAUUAAUUUGUGUGACAGGGUAGCAGCACCCUGCGCUGCCGAGCACGGCGGCGUGGCCCUCUUGGGAGAAAGCCCGCCACCGCGGCAUCUCUGCCAGGCAUGCUCCUGGGGGCGUGGCUAGAUCCGGCGGGCGGUAGGACCCAGGGAGAAGGCCUGGCGCCAGACAAAGCCAGGGAGCUGGUGCUGGCUGAUAAAGCAGCCUGGAUUGGGGCCAGAAGGUGGGGGAGCAGAAUAACCCGCUGGACAGGUAGGGCCAGUGACAAUUUAUUUGCAUAUUCAUCAUUUGCAUAAUGAAUAUUCAUGUAUGCAAAUAAAUGUUGCCGGACCUCCAAAAGCUUGUGAAUAGGUUUAUUGGUCCCCAGUUUCAAAAAGGAUUGGGAACCACUGACAGGCGGUAUUGGCAGCACCCGGGUUCAAGUUUUUGUCUUUUGUGUUUCCCUCUCUACUUUCCCCCUCUCUGCUACUUCAUACCCGCGGCUCCCAUUCCCUGCCCAUGCUGUUCUGCUGUCUUCUUCCCUUAUCUUUCUGCAGCUCCUCCCUCCACCCCCAUCUCUACUUUCUCUUCACCUCACCCUGCACCUGUGCAGCUGAUAGGAGGUGGGGUGUGGGCCUCCGGCUCCCAGCAGAACCAUUCCAGGUGCAGAGAGAACAGAAGUCCAAAGAGCUCCCGGCAGCCAUGGCCGCAGCGACUCCUGCACGGGAAAUCCAAGAGGAAUCCAAAUGUCCCAUCUGCCAGGACUCUCUCACAGCCCCGGUGAGGAUAAACUGUGGGCACAGCUUCUGCCGAGGCUGCAUCACUCGGCACCGUGAGACACAGGGAGAGCCGGGCUCUGACCCCCUGAGCUGCCCCAGCUGCAGAACCCAAAUCCAGAAAGGGGCCCUCCGGAGCAACCAACAGCUCACAAAUAUCGUGGAAAAACUCAGGCAACUGAAUGUCAGCCCAGGCAAAGAGGAUCUGUGCGGGAGACACGGCAAAGCCCUGGAUCUGUUCUGCAGAGAGGACUGGGAGGCCGUGUGUGCGGUUUGCUGGAAGUCCCCCGAGCACAAAUCUCACACGGCGCUGUCCCUGGACGAGGCUGCCCAGACACACAAGGAAAAACUCCAGGCCCAUCUGGAGACUCUGAGGGAACAGAGAGAGAAGCUUCUGGGAUUGAAGAUGACCCGUGAGAAGAGAUGCCAGGCGGGUCUGGUAGGUGCCUGUUGUUCUUUAUCUGCUGGGGAGAUGGAGCUGGGAGGGUUGUUUAUUGUCAGCUUGCUCUGUGGCCUUGGCGAAUGUGGGUAUGGGCGUAAUUCUCCAUUUUCAUGGGAUAGUAUGUGUGCGCACAAUUAAAACUUCAGCCUUCAACAUC